GUCAGACCAGACACUGGAUACAGACAACAACAGUGACAGAUCAAGACCGCAUUUCUGUUUGCAAUCAGCUAUGGGUGUAGUCUGAGAAGUGGACACAGUAGCGCACCGCAAUAUACCUCGAAGUUUUUUCCUCAUGAAGGAGCUCCGUCCUGGCUGAGUUUGGGAGAUGGGAGUACUCAACAUUGCAGACCAGCCUCCUCUGGUCCAGGCCAUCUUCAAUCGUAAUGCUGAAGAAGUUCAACUAUUAUUGCACAAAAAGGAGGAUGUCAAUGCACUGGACCAAGAGCGCCGUACGCCACUUCAUGCUGCUGCCUGUGUGGGUGAUGUCCAUGUAAUGGACCUCCUCAUCGAAUCAGGUGCCAGUGUAAAUGCUAAAGACCAUGUAUGGUUGACCCCUUUGCACAGGGCAGCUGCUUCCAGGAAUGAAAGGGCAGUGGGUCUGCUGCUGAGGCGUGGAGCCGAGGCAAAUGCACGAGACAAGUUCUGGCAGACACCACUGCAUGUGGCUGCUGCCAACCGUGCCACACGCUGCGCAGAGGCCCUGUUAACCCAGCUGAGCAACCUGAACAUGGCAGAUCGCACUGGCCGAACUGCCCUGCACCAUGCAGCUCAGAGUGGGUUCCAGGAGAUGGUGAAGCUGCUCCUGAACAAAGGGGCCAACCUGAGUGCCAUCGAUAAGAAGGAGAGACAGCCUAUCCAUUGUGCUGCUUACUUGGGACAUGUGGAGAUUGUGAAGUUGCUGGUGUCCCGCAGUGCCGACAAGAGCUGCAAGGACAAGCAGGGCUACACACCUCUCCAUGCUGCUGCUGCAAGUGGUCACAUUGAAAUUGUAAAGUACCUACUGAGGAUGGGGGCAGAGAUUGAUGAGCCCAACGGCUUUGGAAACACUGCGCUCCAUGUGGCUUGCUACAUGGGGCAAGAGGCUGUAGCUACAGAGCUGGUGAACCAUGGAGCUAAUGUUAACCAGCCCAACAAGUGUGGCUACACUCCUCUGCACCUGGCUGCCGUCUCCACCAACGGUGCCCUCUGUCUGGAGUUGCUGGUCAACAAUGGGGCAGAUGUCAACCAGCAGAGCAAAGAAGGGAAGAGCCCCCUGCACAUGGCAGCCAUUCACGGACGCUUCACACGCUCUCAGAUCCUCAUCCAAAAUGGUGGGGAAAUUGAUUGUGUGGAUAAGUAUGGCAAUACUCCUCUCCACGUUGCUGCUAAGUAUGGCCAUGAACUGCUGAUCAGCACUCUGAUGACCAACGGAGCAGACACGGCCAGACGUGGGAUCCAUGGAAUGUUCCCCUUGCACUUAGCUGUGCUGUACGGGUUUUCAGACUGUUGUCGCAAGUUACUCUCCUCAGGUCAGCUGUAUAGUAUAGUUUCAUCUAUGAGUAAAGAGCAUGUACUAUCGGCUGGGUUUGACAUAAACACCCCUGACAACUUUGGGAGGACCUGUCUACACGCGGCUGCCUCUGGAGGAAAUGUUGAAUGUCUGAACUUGCUCUUAAGUAGCGGUACUGACUUGAAUAAGAGGGACAUUAUGGGAAGGACACCGUUGCACUAUGCGGCUGCUAAUGGGAGGUACCAGUGCACUGUGACCCUGGUGAGCGCUGGCGCUGAGGUCAACGAGCCUGACCAGACAGGCUGCACUCCCCUGCACUACUCUGCCGCCUCCCAAGCCUUCAGCAGAGUCGAUCGUCAUUUUUCUGGGAACCAUCAGAAUGAUGAGGAUGAAGCGAAGGAGUCGUACUUCUGCUUGGAGCAUCUAUUGGACAAUGGUGCUGAUCCGUCGAUGGUCAACUCAAAGGGUUACAGUGCUGUUCACUAUGCAGCUUACCAUGGCAACAAACAGAACCUGGAGCUGCUCCUGGAGAUGUCUUUUAAUGCACUAGGAGACAUAGAGAGCAGUAUUCCAGUCAGUCCACUACAUCUUGCUGCUGAUAAAGGCCACUGGCAAGCACUGCGUGUGCUCACAGAAACUGCAGCCUAUGUGGACAUGCAGGAUGCUGCAGGCCGUUCUGUACUCUACCUGGCUGCCCAGAAAGGCUACGCACGCUGUGUGGAGGUGCUUUUGGCUCAGGGGGCUUCCUGUCUCCUCAAUGACAACCGUCUCAUGUGGACUCCAAUUCAUGUUGCAGCUACCAAUGGUCACUCGGACUGCCUGCGCAUGAUGAUUGAUUAUGGGGAGGAAGGUGAUCUCACCAAUGUGGCAGACAAAUUUGGCCAGACCCCUCUCAUGCUAGCAGUUCUGGGAGGUCACACUGACUGUGUCCACUUCUUGCUGGAGAAGGGUGCCUUGCCAGAUGCCAAGGACAAGAGGGGCAGCACAGCUUUGCACAGAGGGGCGGUGUUGGGCCAUGAUGACUGUGUGACAGCCCUCCUGGAGCACAAAGCUUCUGCAUUAUGUCGGGACAUCCAGGGUAGGACACCGCUGCACUACGCUGCAUCCAGAGGCCACACAGAGAUCCUGGCUAGUCUGGUGCAGGCCGCCAUGGCAACAGACCCACAAGAUAAAUUGCUGGACAACAAACAAUACACCCCAUUACACUGGGCUGCUUACAAAGGGCAUGAAGACUGUUUGGAGGUUUUACUUGAAUUUAAAACAUUUAUCCAUGAAGAGGGAAACCCUUUCACCCCCCUGCACUGUGCUCUGAUGAAUGGCCACAGCGGUGCUGCAGAGAGACUGCUGGAGUCUGCUGGGGUCCAGAUGAUUAACACCAGAGAUGCCAAAGGAAGAACUCCACUGCAUGCUGCUGCAUUUGCUGAGGAUGUCGCGGGACUUCAGCUGGUGCUUCGCCACGGGGCAGAGAUCAAUGCAGUGGACAACAGUGGAUGCUCUGCUCUGAUGGUAGCUGCUGACAAGGGACACAGUGGCACUGUGGCCAUCCUCCUUCACCGGGCCAAGGCCGACUUGACACUGCUGGAUGAAAACAGGAACACUGCCCUGCACUUGGCCUGCAGCAAGGCCCAUGAGAUGUGCGCCCUGCUGAUUCUCGGCGAGAUCCACAGUCCCACUCUCAUAAAUGCCACCAACAGUGCUCUGCAAAUGCCCCUCCAUCUUGCAGCACGUAAUGGACUGGCUACGGUGGUGCAGGCACUGCUGAGUAGAGGAGCCACAGUGCUGGCUGUGGAUGAGGAAGGCCACACCCCUGCUCUGGCCUGUGCUCCCAACAAGGACGUGGCUGACUGCCUGGCUCUGAUCCUCUCUACCAUGAAGCCUUUCCCCCAGCGGGACCCUUCCUCCUGCUCCUGCUCCUCUCCCACAGUCUCACCCUCACCGGGUCUCAACUUGCUGAAGCACUGCGGCAUCACCGCCGCCUGUGCCCCCCUGCCCAGCAACGGCCUCCACAACGGCUAUGUCAAAGACCGUCACGGUGCACCGGUCGGCCUGGACGGGUGUCUGUCUGAGUGAGGUCGCGUGCCCCACGCAGUCAGCUGCUAUCACCAUCAUCACCACCAGGGGGCGACUCCCUUUAACAUGGCCCAGAGGACCAGGAGAGCACCCACCCACAUGUCUGUUUCUGUGUAUGUAUGUGUCUGUGCGUCUGUGUGUGCGUGAGUGUUUGGUCUUCUCUUGAGGUGCAGUCAAACCUAAUAUGCAAUUAGAUCCCAUUCCUCCAUCUCCUAGUAGUGCUUAAUACGUAGAGGCAGAUUGCUCUACAAGGUCACUCCGAUGAAGUGUGGCAUUCAAAACAAACUCUAGCAAUCUGGCCAUCUCUAAAUCAUUUAACCCUUUAAAACCAUGUCAGCAUAAUUAUAUAACCAACAUCUAAGAGCAUGGAAAUGUCUUUAUCCUCAACUGUCUUUCUCUUCAUAUCAUUCAGUAUAAAAGUCAUAUCAUGUUUAAUCAUUUGCGGUGACCUUGUAGAGGAACAUACAGCCUUCCCAAAAGAAUGAUCAAAGAGUUUCUUUGUUUGUUUUUUGAUAAUUUUGAUCUUUUUUUUUUUCUUUUGUUUGUUUGUUUUUAAUUGUCCGUUAGCUUAGAAUUUUUAUGAAGGAACCACACAAGGGAAAAUCUAAAUUUUGCUUAAGAGUGCAAUGCUUGUGUACUACAGUACAAUCUGAAAUUUGGAAAAGGGUCACAAAGAUGUUAAUUCCAUAGUGUACUUUAAAUGUACGGCCUAGAGUUGUUUGGCAUUUUAAGAUAAUUUGGUAAUGCUGCUGAAUACAUUAGCAUGUCUCCUUCCAAAGGAGAGCCAUGUUCGGGUCAGCAUCGUAUCAUCGAUUUGUUCUUAAUGCUGACUUCAUUUUUUAAAGAUGCUAAAUAAGUGUUUGUUAAGCUAGAAUGUUUCUAAGCAUAUAAGUUAUGACCAAAGUUGAUCAACACUACUAUGGCUAUAAAUUAUUUAUUUGAGAUGAACUGUACUGUAUAGAGAAAGACAAUAGAUCUUGAUAUACCUCGUCAACUCGUUUAGCAGCUGCUUCAUCUUCACCCAGGGUCCGUAGGCCUAAUGUUCUCUUUUUGUAGGACUAGAGAACUACUGUAGGAUAGUGACUGACUGAGGCCUUGUUUAUUUCUAGAUGAAGGCUUUACUAGUAAUAUCUGCCAACAACACCUCAUCAAAGCAUCAUAUAUCUGAGCACAUAAAUGAACAAGCCAUUUCAAUUUAUUUCCCAUCUCUUUAACAGUGUUUUUUGGAAAAGAUUUCAGAAUUUGAAUGGCCUGAUUAUCGAAAGAGAGCAAUCAGUUCUGGUUUUUAAGCACUAACAAUGUUUUUUGUUCUUUGUGUUUCUGAAGUUGAACCGGCCAUCAGCAUAGUGGUUUUAACAAGCUCUCACUAAAGGAGUAUUUCAUGGAGCUGGUGAACUAGUCUUAAGCCUCUAAUAGCUUAUAUCUCAACUUCUCGGUGGUGAACUCUGAUCAGUUUGAACAGAUAAAGAGUAUUGUCUGCUAUUUUUAUUGGGCAGUUUUCAAGCAAUAUUUUCUUUUGGCCUUUUUUUUGUUUAGCGUUAUUGAAUAGACAAUCACUGUCACAAGGGCUUUUGUUUCCCUGGAAUGUGUUUGAGUUUUCUUUAUUUUUUCUUAUUUCAUGACAAAUUACCUAAAGACUAAACGAAUGGCUCUGUGUGUGCCGGGCAUUUUACUGUCAGUGUCAACACAAAUGCACUGGAUUGCCUUUAUGGCAUCUCAUGAAAUGCCUUUUGACCCAUGCCUUCCGUAACACAUCAUUUCAGUUGGAUUGCUUAAUGGCAGAGUAUGACGAGCCCAGAGACUGAUUAUGUUUCCACCCAUUUGAUAGCAACAAUAUUGAACCACAGUUGCACCACAGUAUCUAGUGGGGAAGAAAAAAAAAAUGCCUGGCGUAUCUUUAUGACCUGGCAUCAUCAAUGACCAGGGACUUGAUAUCCCUAAUAGAAUCGAAUAGGGCUAAGAGGAAAAGGAGAGGGAUCUUUGCUUAGGCCAAUACCUAUUGUUUAGAUUUCAGGAAUAGCAGAAAUCCAAAUAUGUGCUUUUUGGUGUUCAUUUUGUUGUCUCCUCAUCCCGUUUUCUGGUACUAAGCAUACUAAAGAUGAUUGUAUCGGACCACUAGAGCUGUUUGUGACUUUUAGAUGUUAUAUCUAUGCUAUUUUGUUGUUUUUUUAGACCAUCUGCUGGUGGUUAAAAUUACACUGAGUCAGAUUGUUUUCAUUGGCGCGAUAACUUCAUAUCCACUGGUAAUGAAGUGGCACAAUUGCACACAUUAGUUGACUGGAUGAGAGAUGAGGACCUAGACUAGGCUGUGUCGUUAAAUACCCCUGACAGAAAGGCUUUUGCAUUAUUGUAUUUAACUUGAAAUUUCUGAAAUUUAAGAAAAUCCAUUUCAGAGCAGUGACUUCUAUGAGUUAGCGGUGUGGAUUCGUAGUCGACAUUUCAUUUGACCUCCAUAACUGACUGAAAUGGAACUAAUUAGUGAACCCCAGCCUUUGUUCUCUUGAUCAUUUUAUAAUUUUCAUGGGAACUGAUAUAUUAUUAAUACUGGGGAUAGGUACAUACUUUUUUUUUGUAUUCUCAGGAUCUGUGCUGAAGCAGCAGGCAGAAUUUAUUAAUCCAAUCAGAUCUCCACAGAAUGAUUAUGUCUACAGUUUUUGAUGGGAUGUUCCAUAAUUUAAUUCCUUUUUAACCCUAAUCCCACAGCACUUAAUUAGAUAGUCAAGCACGCACUUUAGUACAUUCAGGUUCUAAGUGUGCAAAAUAGAGCAGAUGUAAUGUAUGUACUUAUGUUUACAUGCAUGUGUGUUGCUGCUGAAUACAGGAAGGUAGGGUUGCAAAGACAAGCAAAGGCUGCAACAAAAUUGUACUCUAACAAUGCAUUAUUUAAGAAAAAAAAAAAAAAAAAGGAAAAAAAAGUGUCUCUAAGCACUUCGGGACAGUGUCCACUGCCCACUGACUUGUUUGUGUUAUCUAUUCUGGGCAGGCGGCCCGGCAAAGUGACAAGGUUACAUUACCCAGCCUACUGUUAACAAUACAGACUGUGGCCUAAGUCACUAAAAGUCAGUCCAGUGAUUCAACAGACACCUCAGGCAGGCUCCUCAUAAUACUCUACAUACUCUUUCUGCCAUCUGUAGGUGCUGUCAGGCCAGCCUGUUCAGGCAGGGAUUUUUUUCUCUCGUGAUGUCCUUAUCUGACCAGUAAACGGAGCCAUUGCCCCUUGCAACUAUACAAGUUGCAACUGAAUCCUUUUGUUGUAUCACAGUAUUCUUAUACAUGCUUUUUUAUUUGUGUGUACCAGUGAUAAGUGAGUGAUUGUGCAUGGAGCAAGAUCACAAUUUUGAUAUAGCAACGAUUAAACAAAUGGAGCAUAUACAAUAUAUCUGGAGUCAGAAACGGAAAGCAAUGAAAGGUCCAAUUGUAGCAAUAGCGCGUGUGUGUAAUAGUGUGCAGCACAAAUAUUGCACUGCCAUCCAUUUAGGCCAAUUCAGUAAAUCAUAGCAUAAAUGCCAAUGGAAGAUUUAAAAGCGGGUUAGAUGUCAUAAUCUUUGGUCACAAUUGAGGCCUGUUUGCCAAAAUGUGUUGAGAGGGGAAACCCUCUUAGUAAAGCAGCAAUGGAUUUAUGCAUAUGUUCAAGCAGUUUACAGUCUGACCAUCAAAUCUGAGCCAUGAAUUUUCUGACUGAAAUGAAUGUAGGGUCAGUUUAGAGCAGGACAAUUUGCUUUCUCCCGACUUUAAACUGUUGCUCUUCAUUUGUCUUGCAUAGAUAUGAUUAUACAGGUAGCAUGUAGUUAAAUGAUUCUCUACAUAUUAUACAGUACGCGUAGUAGUCUUCCUGCAUCGAAGGUCUGGAUAUGUUUUCUUCUCUCUUUUUUUUUUGGCAUUAUCGUUGGCGUAUAGGCCUGCUGUUGCGAAAUAUCACUUUUCUUUCUCUAUACAUAUAUAUUUGUGUGGAGUGUAGCCUACAAGGUAAACAGAGGACAAGAGUUCAGAUGAAUUUAACAUUCAUGUUCAUCCAUUCCAUUGAGAUUGCCUUACAGUACAGUAAAACAAGAGGGACAAAAAGGUCUACAGUAGAUAUGAUCACACAUACUCGUAAAUAGCCUAUAUUUGACAAAAAUGCACCUAAGCUACACCCAUUUAGUGCCAUAGAAACCUUGAUUUGCCUUUAGACAUGAAUCAUAUUUACUUGGUCAGUAACAUAUUCAGACGUAGGCAGGAUUAUUACAGUUUUGUGUUUGGAGCUGCAUGUCUUUUCGCCAAUUAUAUUAGUCAAAGAAAAGCUAUAUACAUAUUUGCAUGGGAUAUUAGUACUUAAAUGCAAGUAUUCUGUUAAAAUUUGGUGUUGGUAGAAGUCUAUUUUAUAAUUGGACAUUUUUAAAGAGUAUAGUUAGUCCCUUUGGUAUUGGCAAAGCAAUCCCUAGGUUGUGUGUGUAACGAGAUGGUUUAUAAUGUGUGUUACCAUUUAAAAAAAACUAACAGUUUUUGAUGUCCAAAAAAGCAUGGUAUAUACAGUAUAGAAUUGAUUUGCCUCAAUGGAUGUCUUGGUUCUUACUUGAAGUAAAUGGCAAAUUUCAAUUCAACUCUCUGAUCCACUGUUGAGCCUUUUGCCUUAAAUGCUGAAAAAGAAAAUGAUACCUGGCACUACCUGAUGAGUUGCAUCACCCGUAGAGUUAUGCUACUUGGUUGGAUUGCUUACAAAAAUUGGCUUAUUUUGGUCUUACAGACACCUUUGGGUGUCAAGAAGCACACAAAUAAAUUGAGGUAGCACAUCGCUCAAGGUUGCCAUGGUGCAGAGAUUGUUCUGAGAGGUUGGGAUAUCGCCAUAUUUUCCACUGUGAAUGAAUGAAUUCAGAAUUCACUCGUAAACAAUCAACUUUGGCUUCUCUGUCAUCCAGAGCCAAAUGACACUGGGGAUACAAGUGGUGUACCUCAAAAAAAAGAAAAACAAAAAAAAAGGAUUCAGACGGAAAAGAAAUUCUUAUGAAAAAUGCUUGUACAGCUAUGCUAGCAAAGAGUUCAAAUCUUGUGAUCCACCUUGUUGGGGGUAGUGUAAUUCUGCUUAAACCAGCCUAAAUCAGAUGUAUCUACGCGGAAGUGUUUGAUUAGUGUUGGCAGAUGUCUCAUGUUUCCUACCUUACGAAGGGGCAGCCAACUGCACCUUGUACUUUUUAUUGGACCUGCAGUUUUACCUCAUCAGUGAUCUUUAGUGUGACGAUGCUGACACUGAUCCUCUGUGAUCUCUUCUUGUGUUUCCUGAUGCCAGUCGUGUAGAUUUCUCUCUUGUAGUGUGUGUGAGUGACUUUUCAACAUAUGCAUGUCAAACCUAAACAUGCACAAGCCCAUUUUUUUUUAGAAGAGAAAACCAUAGUUAUCCUGUUUGAACAUGUUUCUCCUCAUUACAAUCAACAGACGAAUCUGUUAUCUGGUGCAAGUCAUAUGGAGUGAAGGGUACAGUCUAAUUUUAAGGUGGGAAAUGAAGGUAGCUAAAAACUUUACCUCUGUAAGUCAAAACAAUAAAUUUUACUGUAUGACUAAUGCUAGUUUGACCACCUUCCCUGCCUGAACACUUGGUUAUUAAUUUCCCCCCCACCAGUAAGACCUGUGUAAUAUCGAGCACAGUGGUGGCAUGGUGCCUUUUAUUUGUUACUACCGAAAGGUACGGUCUUCCAUUUGUAUUUCCCAGAAGCCUUAUAAUGGGAAAAAGAAAUUACACAGAACAUACAUGACCACAGUAGAUAGGCUCAUGCUCCCUCUGAGCAUUAUUAUUUCAAUCCUGUGUGAUCGGAGUUAAAACAAAAAAAAAAAAGAAAAAAAAGAAGCCUAAAUAACUCCUCCUGUAUUAGUCUGGAUUGCACUAUGUGUUUCCAGUGACUGAGUGCUCCCCCUGGGUGGCAGAAUAAAUUGCACAUAACUGAUGCGAUUUAGGGCACAUCAAACAUAGAAUGGAUGGGGAUCAAUAGUAUGAAAGCACAAAUCCAAAGAAGGCACCUCGGGGGCUCAUUUAGCUCCCCCAACAAUAAGAAGCGAAGGAGCCUAUAGACCAAAUUUAGGCAAAGAUGAGAGGAAAAACAUUCAACUCCUGAGUGCAGACACCAUGAAGUUUGAUUGUCAGUAACACAUGAACUGUAGAAAGACCAUUGUCUGGAAUUUCAGAGCUUCUUCUGAUUGUUCUUCUCAGCUCUUGGGUAUUCAUCGACUAUUAGUAACUUCGCAGUGCAAACCAAGUUGUGAAAUGAUGCGGUACCUGCAUUCAACAUCAAAUUUAGGUAAACUGUUUGUUGUGACUGUGUUGCAAAUUGAUUGUGGAGAUUGUUUUGUGUUAUUUAGGGUAGACUGACUACAAGUAGGGUUGCAGUAGUAGCUGUGUGCAGUGUUAAUAACAGUGUGAUCAUAUUAUAGAAGUGACGUAACAUUUGUUGUCUUACUACGACAUUAAGGCAUGAAUCAUCUUCUCUCAAGCUGACCUCGUUUGAAAUAGACAAAAGAUACAAGUGCAAUAACCUUUUGUUUAUCAUUGCUUCCUCAGUUAAAAAAAAAAAAAAAAGUUUUUAUUUAAUAUGCCCUUUUUGUUAACACCAAAAGUCACUCAUCUGUAGCAAAUGAAGGAUUUCAAGUGGUCCUCUUGUUUGUGUUCAGAGGUGGCGUUUGAUAGUGGAGUGUGUGAUAUUCCAUUCUUAAAACUGUGAUCAAUAUCCAACUUUAGAAGCUGCCUGCUCAGACAAAGGACCGUGCACAAGUUGACUGAUAGAUUUGAGUAGGUGCUUUUUUUUUUUUUUUUUCUCUUUAUCUGGAUGGACUUUGAUGGUAUUGUAGUUUGGACUUCUGGUUUAUAGCCGGUAGACAUGUUCAUUUGCAUGUGUAGAUGUGUAUAUGCAUCCUCUCUUCCUCCUUGAAUGAAAUGUUUUCUCAAAAAUAUUUAGACCUGCUGUCAGUGAUGUAUGCGGAUAAAAGGAAAUAUGAAAUGCCUUAUAUUUGUUUUCAAUGUUAAGCAUUAAGGGUUCUUACGUGUCCCUCCCUUUUCAGCGUGUAGCCUAAAGCUUGUACAGUUAAGAAACUCUUGAGAUUUAUAUCUACUGUAUAGCCUAUGUGUUUUCAGAAUUUGUUACUUGGAGGUCCUGUGAUUGUGGUUUUAGAGAAACAUUCCCCUUGAAAGUGCCGUUUGUUUUCACCAGCAGAAGAUGUGUCUUGGGGGGGAAAUGUAUUUAUACGAAGGAAAACAAAUGUUCGAAACACUUUCCAGUGUUUACUUUUGAACCUGUUGAGCUGAAUGACACAAAGUAUUUGUGCAGGUGAAAUAAGGCAGCAAUCUUCUGAUGGAGCACCUUAUAGACUUGCUCCUUCUGUGAGCCCACAAUGGAAGUAGUCUCUUACCAAGCUUGAUUACUCUAAAGCAGAGCCAUAUCAGAGAAUUUGCCCAUUAGGAGCCCCCUUUGAAUGUGCUAUUAGGAAUAGCCUACUGUAGGAAAGGAUGUAUACUGCAUGUUCUGUGACAUUUUGGUAGUGGUAGUCCCUUUACAUGUUUUUAUUUUUUAGUCCGCUUCACUGUAGAUGUUGCCACCUCAUUGCAACUCACAAGCUAUUAACAAUCCUCUCACAACUGGACUUAAAGCAGGCAUUGAUCUGCUGCUAAGGCAGCCUUAAUUCACUGCAAAUUAAAAAAAAAACAAAAAACAAAAAAAAGAGAGAGAGAUGAUAGGUAAUGGGUUGCCUGUUUUGUUUUUGAGUGGCUUAUCUGAGGAAAUACAAAGGAGCCCUUUUGAGUGGAAGGACUCUGAAUCAGGGCAUGUGAUGAGUUACAAUCAAAUAGUUUCACAGUGCACCUUCACAAAAAAUAUAAAAAGAAAAAAAAAGAAAAAAAAAAGUUGGCUCGUCCACCCAACAUUCCAAAGUUGAUUUAAUUUUCCACAGUCCUGUCCCUCUGAUUGAGGAAAUCUUUUUGCUUUGCUGGUGAAUGAAGUGGGCAUGUGUGUAAAUGACAGGGUUCCCUAUUUAGCCUAACGCUGAUUACCUCAUUUACAAAUCUGCAAAUAUACUAUUCUACUGUGUGUAAAGGAGUCAGUGCCAUCACCAGCAGCGUGGUCUCGAGACCUGUGAUGACAACAGGACCAAUGAAGUUACUCUGUUGAAAUUAGCCAAUUUUAAAAUAAGACCAGUCUGGAAAUAUAGGGUUAAGACACGAUUUAAAUUUCUUUGUAAGGCCUAACAAGCCGCCUCUAAGAUUUCUUCAGUUAGUAAAUCACUACAGCUGCUACCCCAGUCAGCAUCAGGAGCCAUCAGUAAGGCUGCAGAUACAGUUUUUGGAGAUUUCAAACUAAUGCUCCACAUCGUUUUACAAGCUAAAGGUGUAAAAUCUAACACUCGUUACAAACCGCUCCUCAGACUAUGACUGGAAUAGCAACUGUUGUCACUAGCAUGGUUCAAGAAGCCUGGUGUAUCUCACGAUUAUUUAAGUGAACGAUCAUGUUAGCACCACUUGCUGUUUUUUCAGUAGCAUUUCUCCUACCUCCUUGUUUUGCAGCCUUGACUAUUGUUUGUCUCUCCACCUGUUCUGACUUUAAAAAAAAAAAAGGAAAAAAAAAAAGUCUAUUCACAGUACGGGAAUACAGAUUUAUCAUAAGCAAUGGUAGUUAUACAUAAUGUGUGCUUGGUUGUGCUGUAUGUGUAUAUGUCUAUUUGACGUUGGAAAAAAAUAUUUAUGAGAAGCAUUUAUACGACAAAAUACCACUGGAAUGUGAAGCCAGAUAAUGUUAUGAUGCAGAUUAUGAUGAUAGUCUAUCCCCUUUAACAUUCAGUGGCGAAUGGUCAGAGGAAUCAUCUUUUAGAAAAUUGAAUAACCGUGCAUUGGCUUUUUUUUUUUUUUUUUUUUUAAAACACCAUAUAUUUCUUUGGUUUCCUCUUAUGCAUAUACUUCCCUGUCUAGCCCUAUAGUAUACAAUAUUUCAACGUUUACAGCUUCAGUCUGGGUCAGCCAUUGAUUGCCCUGCAGUUGAUAUCACAGCUUGUCACAUGGAGGAUAGUUAGGUGGAUUUGUAAUUCUGUACGAGGGUGAGUUAGAGCCCCUCGAGCCGUAUGCCUUUUGAAUCCAUCUGUCCACUCUGAACCAAAUUCUGCUACAUAGGCGUCUGUCUCCACACUGCCCCGACAUUUUACAUUCAGUUUGAUUACAAGGGGUACAGGACAAGGUGAAAGGUUUGAGGUUUUCUGACCAGGGCCCCCCAAACUACCCGCCCACACCCCUCACCCACCCAUGCCUACUCCUAGACAGGACCAGCCCUAGUCCCCGUCACCCACCCACUGUCUCACCUAAACCUCAAGCCAUUCAUUUUUCAGUUUUUUUUUUUUUCGACAAUGCAAUCCUGAAAGCACUUUGCCUUGUUAUUCCUUUGUGUGAACAUGUGAAUGAUAAUUUGUUACAGAAAUGUUAAAUAUGUAAAAGAUCAUUCACUGUUUUGGAAAAACCUGCAUCUGUCUUUCUGACGUUAAAAGAAAAAAAAAAAAAAAACAAUUUAGUGACAUUAAACCUGAAUCUAUUUUAUAAAAUGUUUGCUGCAGCCAAUUGGUCUUGUCAUUCAGUAUUGUGGCUUAGGGUUGUUUGUGUUCAAUAAAGUGCUAUUGCUAAAUA